AUGAUUGUAGUUGGGGUUGACACGUGUGGCCUAAGCAGUCUCUCGGGAAGACUGUCUCUGCGUCUGAUGCUAGAACUUGAAGUCUGCUGGGACCUCUUCAUACCUCCACGGGGAGCAAAGAAAUUAGCUGAGUUGAGAGUCAGCAUGGUGGCCAAGGCAUCAGCUAUAUCUGCAUACUCCUGUGCAAAGGAGAGAGUGAAGGAAGAGAAAGCCAGGCAAAGCUGCCCUGUCUCCCAGCAGUCAGAGUCAGAAAGCCAAUCAGACAAAGGCCUAGAUGUAAAGUUCAGUACUGAGGAUCUUAAAGCACAGUCCAAGCAGACUGGGAUGCUGGGAUGGUGUUUGAAACUACCAAGACAGGCCUGGAACUUCCUUCCAGCCAUGAAGCUGGAGGGAGAAGACUUCUCCUACCAUAGCAACUGCAAAAAGCCAGGUAUCACAGAACUUGUGAAGCUUAUGAAGGAGGCUUACCCAGACCACACACAUUUUGAGAAAAACAAUCCCCAUUAUGACCCAUACAGCAAAGAAGACAAUCCCAAAUGGUCCUUGGUAGACGUACAGUUUGUUCCAAUGAUGAAGCAUUUCAUUACCCUGGCUGAGCUCAAAACUCAUCACCAAGCCCUUAAAAAAUAUGGCUCUCUUAGAGAGGCUAUGGCUCUCUUUACUCGCCAGAGACUCUCAAUUCAUCCCCUGACUCUAGAGGAGUUUGAUUUUAUUUUGAACCUGGAGAAAAAGGAACCAAGUUAA